AAUGGCGGAAGUCAAAAAUGUCCUCAAAAUAAGUCAAUCACGAGUGUAAGCCAUUUAAAAGGCAUAAACUCCAAGAUGACGCAUGUGAAAACAUUCAAGAAGAUAGCUUGUGUUCUGUUAAAUCUAGUUGUGAGAUAGUUUAACAUUGUAUUCAUUGAAAAGCAUUUACAGUCAAUGUAUAUCUAUUGAACAAAACAAGACAAAAUCAGUUGAUCAAUUAUCUGAACUUUAUGGCCAUUUUGUGAAAAAUAAUCGGAUAUAAAACUGUGAAAAAAAUGAUGGAAGAGGACGGCUCACAAGACCCACUCGGAGCAAGAGACCAUGUGGUUUAUGUUGACAAUAUGACACGGUGGAAUUUUACAGUGUUGCCUCUUGCUUCUGAUGAUGACAGUCAAAACCAUUCCGAAAGUGAAGAAAAAGUGUCACCGUUCCCAUGGAGAAAUGACCUGAACAACAAAAUAAUUUUAUGGAGUGGUGACAUAACGGAAUUGAGUGUUCAUGCCAUUGUACAUUCAACAAACGAGCGAAUGACAGAAAGAUCAAGUGUUACAGAGACACUCUAUACAAAGGCAGGUCCCAAAUUAGAGGCAGAAAUUAAAAACAACAUAAAAGUGUGCAAGACUGGUGAUGCCAAAAUCAGUGAGGGUUUUGACUUGUUGAGCCGCUAUGUGAUUCACACGGUCGGGCCAAGGUACAAUGUGAAAUAUGUGACUGCAGCUGAAGGGGCUCUGUUCUGCAGCUACAGAAACGUCCUGCAACUAGUCAGAGAGAAUUCCAUCCGCACCUUGGGUUUAUGCUGUGUGCAUUCUGGUAAAAGGGGGUACCCACCUAAAGAAGGCGCUCAUAUUGCAAUACGGACAGUGCGGCGGUUUUUGGAGAAAUAUGGAAGUGAUGUUGAUGCCAUAAUAUUUGUCUGUGAUGAUGGAACUUAUAAUGUAUAUGAGGAAGUGUUGCCGCUGUAUUUCCCACGCAAUCCACAAGAGGAGCAAGAGAGCUUGGCACAUUUACCUGAGGAUAUCGGGGAUGAUAUGGGGGAGCCGGUGAUCCCUGAACGCCAGAUCCGCAUCAUGGAUAAACCCAUAUACCCAAAGUCUGAUGAUCGAGACUUUGAUGACAAGACUGUUGACCUGAACGCAGAGUUCGGUAAGUCAAUAAAUGGCACCGUUGGGCAGCACCCUUUCGCAAGCAUGCAAGCUGACCCUGACACACAGAAACGCCUCAAUCCCAGGUCCGAUGUCGAUAUGAAAAAGGUGGAAGCCAGGAAGAGGUAUGAGCGGCUACUAAAGCGAGCAAGGACAGAAGACCUUACAGACAUUGCCUCCCUGCGUUGUCUGUACAGGACGGGACAGGACCGGUUUGGCAGGCCCGUCAUUGUUUUUGUGGGGAGGAACUUCCCUGCUUCUACUGUGGACCUAGAAAAGGCUCUACUGUAUGCCAUCCGACUGCUGGACCCAAUUGUGGAGCAGGAUUACGUGGUGGUUUACUUCCACACACACACCAGCGGACAAAACCUCCCGCCCAUGAACUUCCUCAAGAACGUUUACCAUAUCCUAGACCAUAAAUACAAGAAGAACCUUAAAUCCUUUUAUGUUGUACACCCAACAUGGUGGUCAAAGUUUGCGACCUGGUUUUUCACCACGUUUACGGCAUCUGACAUAAAACAGAAGGUCCACUCGUUAAAGGGUGUGCAGUAUCUGUACGCGAAAAUAAACCCUGACCAGCUCGACAUUCCAAGCUUUGUGCUCGACUAUGAUAUCAAGGAGAAUGGUCCCAGGUACUGUGUUCCAUUUGAGGAAGGGACUGUGGAGGAAUUGUGAUGAACGGUGCCUCUAUAUUGUGUGAAAAUUCUGACUUUGUGUGAAUAAGUGGCAUGUUAUUCCAGAGAUAUUUUCACCGUCAGUGAAAUGUUUAUUUCUGGUGUUGACAAUUUAUAUGUGAUUUUACAAUAAAACAUGUUGUUUUAUUCACAUAUUUUACUUAAUAUACAUGAACAUAUAAUUGAAUGUAUGUUUGAUUAUAAAGGAUAAUAAUGCUAGAUGAUAAAUGGCAUUAAAUUAUCCAAAAAAUGUGAGGUUAAAUAUUUUUGCAUACUUUUGUACUUUGUAAUUUUCAUUUAAUCAAUUAUAUCAUAAUUAUUAUGAUCACAUUGACGGAUGUUUGUGAUACUGUAUACAUGAGUAUUGGUGACCACCGAAUAAGCUAUGGACACUAUUUGGGUACAGGAGAAAUCGUACCAACAAGACGUUAUAGCACCACGAAGUUGUGCAAUAUUUGAAACAACAAUAUAUUGUUGUACCUAGUGUUUAGAUGUUAAGUGUGAGCUACAAUAUGUUGACAUCAAAGGGUAUGUGACAUAUUUCCGGACGAUAUAACGUCAUCUAUUAUUGUAUUAUUGUUUGGAUGCCAUUGUGAGCUACAAUAUGUUAACAUCAAAGGGAAUGUGAUAUAUUUCCGGAAAUGAAAACGUCAUCUUUUGUCUUAUCUGUUGUUGGGAUGCCACUGUGAGCUACAAUAUGUUAACAUCAAAGGGAAUGUGACAUAUUUCCGGAAUUUAAAAUGUCAUCUAUUGUUGUAUCUAUUGUUUGGAUGCCAUUGUGAGCUACAAUAUGUUACCAUCAAAGGGAAUGUGACAUAUUUCUGGAAUUUAAAAUGUCAUCUAUUGUUGUAUCUAUUGUCGAGAUCUCAAGGUCACAAUAUGUUGAGAUUUUAGGAGUUUAUUUUUUGCAUCAUGUCAGAAUAUUUCCUCCAUAUCUCCAGUAUUCCUUUACUAUUUAAGUUGUGUAUGGGCGACUUUUCAAAACAUAGAACGAUUUCAUGUAGGUACGACUUCGCUUGUAAUACAUUUAGAAACGCUAUUCUUCUAUCAGUGCUAGGAUGCAGUGACAUAACAAAAACCUUUUGACUGGUUAGGAAAGUCAAUAUUUUCUUACUUUAUGACAGAGAGAUGAAUUAAAACAGUAAACAAUAACAAAGCUAUAAAUCUGCAAUAAAUCUUAAAUAAAGUAAUUUAUAGCAAUUUCGUUUGGUUUGAUUUUGACAAAAGCUGAUAGUUUCUGGAACCAGACUCGGGCCACUUUCAGUCAAUAUCCUAGGUAGAAGUCAUGAAGUACUAGUGUUUAAUUUGGUUGGUGUGAAUGUCCUCAGUAUUAUAAUUGACCGUUUUUGCGUUAUUAGCAUGAUAUAUAAUUUAAACCAAAUAUACUAAUACUUGAAAAGCUUAGUGUUUAAGAUUAUAUUUUGCCUACUGAUCCAGCCUCUAUUUACCGAUACACCUGAUUAAAAUCAAUAAGGGCUGACUUAACAAAAUAAGUGUACGGCGGAUAAAAAAAUACUGGAUAAAGUAUAAUUUUGAACACUAUUUACUGGUAAAAAAUUAACAAUGUAGAAACUUUACAGAAUUUUAUAGUCAUAACAAAUGUAUUAAUUUGGUUUGAUUCACAUACAUUUCUUUUCGAAGAUAGUAUUUGUUUUUAUACCAAUGUUUAUAUGAAAUAUGUAUGAUUUGCGUUUGUAAUAUGCGUGCAAUAUGUUUGUUAUUAUCAUGUACAUAAAUUUACAUUAACAUUACUGUUGUUUAUCUUUUUAC